CUCAGCAUAUAAAGCCGCCGUCCCCGCGGCUGCAAGGGUUUGCUUUUUAACUCCCCUGUGACCCUAGGGUUGAAGGGUUUCCGGUCGGAGGCCAUUAGAUGGGACACCCGGAAGGCGGAAGUCUUAGGACGGAAGUGGCUCAGAGGAACGGAGAAUGGCGAUGCAAGGCUGGAAUUGGCGCUGGGGCUGGGGCCGGCAGUGCCCGGGAAGGCCUGGGCUUACUGGCCCCGGCCCUGGCCCCAUUACACUUCUGUUUCUUCUUCUCCUAUUGCUGGGGCUGGUGGCUGCGGAUAUAACUGAUGGCAACAGUGAACACCUCAAGAGGGAGCAUUCGCUUAUCAAGCCCUACCAAGGGGUCGGUUCCAGCUCCAUGCCCCUCUGGGACUUCCAAGGCAGCACUAUACUCACGAGCCAGUACGUACGUCUGACCCCUGACGAGCGCAGCAAAGAGGGCUCUAUCUGGAACCACCAGCCUUGCUUCCUCAAGGACUGGGAGAUGCAUGUCCACUUCAAAGUUCACGGUGCAGGGAAAAAGAAUCUCCAUGGAGAUGGCAUUGCCUUGUGGUACACCCGCGACCGCCUGGUGCCAGGACCUGUGUUUGGAAGCAAAGACAAGUUCCAUGGCUUAGCCAUCUUUCUGGACACGUAUCCCAAUGAUGAGACCACAGAGCGUGUAUUCCCAUACAUCUCGGUGAUGGUGAACAAUGGCUCCCUGUCCUACGACCACAGCAAGGAUGGCCGCUGGACCGAGCUGGCGGGCUGCACGGCUGACUUCCGCAACCGUGACCAUGACACCUUCCUGGCUGUGCGCUAUUCCCGGGGCCGGCUGACGGUGAUGACUGACCUGGAGGACAAGAACGAGUGGAAGAAUUGCAUUGACAUCACAGGAGUGCGUCUGCCCACUGGCUAUUACUUUGGAGCCUCGGCUGGCACUGGCGACCUGUCCGACAACCAUGACAUCAUCUCCAUGAAGCUGUUCCAGUUGAUGGUAGAGCACACACCUGAUGAGGAGAACAUUGACUGGACCAAGAUUGAGCCCAGUGUCAACUUCCUCAAAUCGCCCAAAGACAACGUGGAUGACCCGACGGGGAACUUCCGCAGCGGGCCCCUGACGGGGUGGCGGGUCUUCCUGCUCCUGCUGUGUGCGCUCCUGGGCAUCAUCGUGUGCGCCGUGGUGGGGGCCGUGGUGUUUCAGAAGCGGCAGGAGCGGAACAAGCGCUUCUACUGAGUGGCCGGCACUUGGCUCUGGGAAGGGCCUGGUCUUCAUGAGUGUGAACUUUUUUUUUUUACUGUGGUUGUAAAAGAAAAACAAGACGACCUUAUUUCUUAACUGUCUCAAAGAAAUAAUUAAAGUAUUUUCGUACAUUUUGCUUCUUGCCCAGCAGGGACAGGCUCCAGGCUGGGGAACAGAGUUUGGCCUCCCCAUAGUUGGGGAUAGAGGCUCUGGCCAUUGAGAGCAUCUCAGGAGUAGGGGGAGUCUACCUGCAGCUGGGCCGAGGCCCCAGCAGGUGGCUGUUGAACACUGGAGGUCCCCCAACCGCAGUGGGGUGGGCGCCUGAGGACUCGAGCAGUGAUUUUGUUCUGUGAUGUGCAGUGUAUGUGAUGAGCGAGGAGGUCAGCUGAGGAUGCUUGGCCUUCCUGUUUGCCCUCUGAGCUUCUUCCCAAGGCAGACCUUGGAGUGAGGCUGAAGGAGCAGCUAGGUGGGACCCAGAGUGUGACUUUGCUAAAUAAAGUGAAAUAACCAACCUCUGCUAUGUGAAUGUCCUCAGGGGCUUGCUUUUCUUUUUCUUAAAAUAACUUCCAGGUGGCCAGGGCUUCUUGGCUGUUGGCUCCCACCCUCAGCCCUCUGGCAAAGCCCCAAGAGGCAGGUGUGUGCUCCCCGACCCACCCGCCAUUCCACGGUCGGGGAGCACACAGUUCUCAGAGGUCAAACAAAACUUGCCUGGUGUCACACAGCUAGUGGGGUCCUGGGGACAGGGCCCUGUGCCAAAUCCUGUGUGCUCUGAGCCUCUGAGGAGGAUGUCUGGUGCCAUGCAGAGAGUGUGACUUGAGCCUGAGGAGACUCUAGGGAACUCUGGCUGAGGAGGCUCCAGGAUGAUCUGAAUGGGAUUUGUGAGUGCAGGAGGACAUAUUGGUCAGUAAUAGUAUUCCCUGUGGGGGCCUUGAGUGGACAAAGAUGACACAGAGUGAAGAAAGCUAGCAGCUGAGGAAAACCCUGCCUUCUGGCAGCUCUCAUGGUUCCCCCACCCUGGCCCUGGCCUGCCGCUGCACCCAGUCAUCCCCUCCUGACCACCCCUGACCCUGGCACGGCGCCAAAACUUUGUGUCCCAACCAGUCCAGAGCCAUCUUCAGCAUCUUGCCUCUUGUUACACUUGUGUGUCCACCCUAAAGGCAGAGCAGCCCUGUCUUUCUGUUGCAACCAGGCUUUUUGUAAUUAACAUUAUCAGUUAGAUUCUUAUUCUAAAAAACAGGUAGUAGAGAAGAUGAAGUGAAGAGUAAGAAUUUUAUUUUCCCCUUGGUCUUUCUUCUCACUCUCUAGAGCUUUUCAUCACCCUACUAUUAGCUGUCUCUUGGCCUCUCUGUGUUUUCCUGUGUGUAUACAGGACUCCUCUUAUGAUAGAUUGGAUGCUAAGAGAUUGUUUGCAGGCUCACAGUGACCAAGAGGUCUGGGGCCCUGUCCAUGUAGCUGUGAGAGUAAAUGUGAGCCUCUUUACUGAAAGAAUUUAUGGAGCAGCUUCCCCAAACAGUUUGUUUCUUGAAAAUAGGUAACUUUCAUUACCAUAUGCCAUUAUGCACGGUUCUGAGCAGUUCCGUGUAUUAGCGCAUUUUGCUCCACAGCACUUAGCCUCACAGUUGCUGCCUUGCUGAUCAUCUCCUUCCUGGUGGGGAGCACUGUGUCCACACUGAUGCGGAUGGCGAGGCCUGGAGCCUGGAACUUGCAUGUCUGCUGUAACCAUGUCAUCAGCACCAUGCUCACCAUGCUUGGCCUUUAAUUUUCGGCUCGUUUUUACCUUCCACAAAUUCCUGAAUUAUUAGGCAAACUGGCACCAUACUGGAUGGCUGUCUCCCUUGGCUACAUUUUAGAGUCACCUGGAGAAUGAAAGUGAGCCUCCCUUGUUCUCUAGUUCUGGUUUAAGAAUUGGUGAGGCCUGGGCAAGGGCAGUUACAAAAGAACCAUCAACUGAUGAAUAUACAGACUUGAGAACCAGCAGGUGUUAGACAAGUGAUUUGAAGACAUAGAUUAAAGUGAUCAUGGUCUGUUCUUGGCUGGCAGGGUCUUGCUUGCAUUCCUUUCAAAGUUCAUGCCUAGAGGUGCUUCCCUGGAAGGUUAGAUGUAUGUUCUUACAUCAGUCUUUUCACAUGUGGGGUCAUGACACCAUAAUCUACAUUUUUGCUACAGGCAUUUAAACCUUGAGUAAUUUCACCAGUGGUAAGUUAAGUAGAGCUGUAUAUCCAUGUACCUGCUGUGCAAUGUGAGAAAUAAAAUAUUGCUGACAGACUUCA